AUGCGAACCGUCCCUGGAUCCGUCAACAUCCCCGUCGCCAAGUUCCCCUCUGCCCCCAAGAUUGCCGCCGCCGUCGAUCCCGCCCAGGUGGCCGCCUCAGUGGUCGACAGCUUCAACCAAAUCCUCGCCAAGCGCGACUUUGCCGCGAUCUCGCAAUUCUUUGUCGAUGACGGCUACUGGCGCGACCACCUCGCGCUUUCUUGGGUCUUCCGCACUGUCAAGAGCCCGCCUCGCAUCCAGGAGUUUCUUCAAAGCUGUGCCGGCUCCAAGGAUGGCUUCCGGCUGAAGAAGCUUGCCGUCGAUGGCACCACAGCUGUCCGCGCUCCCAAGAUUGUGCCCAUCGACGCCUCCGGAAACGUCUCCGGUAUCCAGUUCUUCGUCGCUGUCGAGACGGUCCUCGGUACUGGUGUUGGCCUUGCGCGCCUUGUCGAGCAGGGUGGUCAGUGGAAGAUCUUUACCCUGUACACGAGACUCGAGGAGCUUCGCGGUUACGAAGAGAUCAUCAACGAGCGACGAGUAAAGGGCGCUGAGCACGGUGGAAAGCCUGGUCGAAAGAACUGGGCCGAGAAGAGGGCCCUCGCAGCUAACUUCAACGACGGUAGUGACCCGUCCGUCUUAGUCGUUGGUGGUGGUCAAGCCGGCUUAACUGCCGCUGCUCGCCUCAAGAUGCUCGGUGUCGAGACUCUUGUCAUCGACCAAAACGAGCGAGUUGGCGAUAACUGGCGCAAGCGCUAUCACCAGCUGGUCCUCCACGACCCAGUCUGGUACGACCACAUGCCAUACCUCAAUUUCCCCGCCCAGUGGCCCAUUUUCACGCCCAAAGACAAACUGGCCGACUUCUUCGAGUCCUACGCCACGCUCCUCGAACUCAACGUAUGGACACGAACGGAGCUCGUCUACACGAAAUGGGACGACGCGAAGAAGUUUUGGACUGUCAUCGUCAACCGCAAAGCCGCAGAUGGAACCAGCGAAGUCCGCACAUUCUACCCCCGUCACCUCAUCCAAGCAACAGGCCACUCGGGCAAGAAGAACCAGCCAUCCAUCAAAGGUAUUGAGAACUUCAAGGGCGAUCGCCUAUGCCACUCGUCCGAGUUCCCGGGGGCUCGAGAGAACAGCCAGGGCAAAAAGGCCAUUGUGAUCGGCUCUUGCAAUUCGGCCCACGAUAUUGCACAGGAUUUCCUCGAGAAGGGCUACGACAUUACCAUGGUUCAGCGGUCCACCACACACGUCGUGUCCUCCAAGGCCAUCACGGAGAUUGCCUUGAAGGGCAUCUACUCGGAAGACGGACCCCCUGUUGAUGAUGCGGAUAUGCUGAUCCACGGCCUUCCCACUCCCGUCCUCAAGGCGAUUCAGAUCAAGGUCGGAGAGCGCCAAGCCGAGUGCGACAAGGAAAUCCUCGAGGGGCUGGACAAGGUCGGCUUCAAGGUGGACCGCGGCCCAGACGGCGCCGGUCUCUUCUUCAAGUACUUCCAGCGCGGCGGCGGCUACUACAUCAACGUCGGCGCCUCCCAGCUCAUCGCCGACGGCAAGAUCAAGGUCAAGCAGGGGCAAGAAAUCGCCGAAGUUCUCCCCAACGGGCUACGAUUUGCCGACGGCUCCGAGCUCGAAGGCGACGAGAUCGUCUUUGCCACGGGCUACCAGAACAUGCGAACGCAAACGCGCAUCAUGUUUGGUGACGAGGUGGCGGACAAGGUUGGCGAUGUGUGGGGGUUCAACGAUGAGGGAGAGAUGCGGACCAUCUGGCAGCGGAGUGGACAUCCCGGCUUCUGGUUCCACGGUGGAAACUUGGCCAUGUGUCGCUACUAUUCCAGGCUGCUCGCUUUGCAGAUCAAGGGGCUUGAGGAGGGCUUGUAUCAGGAUGGGGAGGUUUGA